AGGUAAAUACGCUAGUUUAAAAACCUGCUGGGAAUGACGUCAUGUCCGGUUGCUGGCAUUGCCAUGGGGACCGGAGCGGUGGCCGGUGCACGAGCGCAGGUUUUGCUACUGCGCAGCAGCUGAACUUCAUUAGACAGUCAAGCGCUCAGAAGAGAACAUGAAGUCGGCUCUGAUUAUCGGGAUCUGCCUGGUUUUGCAGACGGUUUGCACCACAAUAUCUACACGCUGCUUGUCACUGAUGCAACCUUGUGUUUCACCAGACCUGUGCAGGAGUGAACAGACUCUUCUGAGAAAUGUUUGUCUUUCUGAAGACAGCAGCUGUCAAAUGCAAAGCUCUGAUGGCUGUAACAUGACCAUUCAGGCAAUAUUAGCUCACUCAAGAGAGUGUAUGUGCACUGAUGAAGAUCCAUGCAACAUUCUACAACUUCUGGCUUCCUUCUGCCAUUCCUACUUAGAUGUUGAGCCCUCGCGUGCCCCUGACAAAUCAAGACUGGCAACUGGGCAGGCGAGCCGUCAAGCCAAUGGGCUACAUCCUCAUUCAGAUCAUCACCUACCCAUACCAGUUCAUGAGAACAACCCGAAGGAGGAAUGGAAAGAAAGUAGACUGUUGACAUAUGUACCAGCCCCAGACAUUUCCUGCGUACAGGAGAUGACACUGUGCAUCCAGGAUGAAGUGUGUAAUCGGCAGCUGGUGCCAUUUGUCCAGUCCUGUUCUGCUCCUCAGUGCGAGGAGAGGCUUUGCAGGCUAGCAGCAAGACACUUUUAUUCAAGCCUGCCUGAAAAAGUGGCUGAGAUGCUGGUGUUCUGCCAAUGUAUGACGGACGACCAGGACUGCCAGCAUUUUCAGACCCUGCUCAAUUCCAAUUCCUGCAAACAAGACAAGACAGAACAAUGGAACUGCCUGGAGAUGCUGGACAACUGCACUGGAGAGAAGAUUUGCAGGCAGACAUUUGAGGCAUUCUUGUCUGAAUGUUUUGGUGCAAAGGAUGUUUCAUUUAGUGGAUAUUCAACCACAGACCUGCUGCAUGUCAUAGAUCUCAACUUUUUUGUCAGUGAAAACAAAGAGUGCCGACUGGCCUUUGUAGCUACGAUGGGAUCUGUGCUUCAGAGUCCAUGCACCUGUCAUGGACUGGACCAUCACAAUCUCUACAGGUGCAAUGUGCUGCAACAAGCCAUUCAUAACAGAUCCUAUUUCAGACCCCAAGGACUUAAGGAAAAUCUCUCAUCUACAAAGUCAAAAGUAAACAAAUCACAGCAAGAACAUUCAUGGCUAAAUGAUCAGUCACUGUACAUUGUGGUGGCGGUUUGUGUGGUGGCGCUGGUGAUCAUUGCAGUCGCCAUCGGCAUUAUUAUACAUAAACUGGGGAAAAAGCACAGCUCGUCCAAAAACGCAGAUUCAAGAUUCAGACCCCCAGAGGAUUCAACAAAAUCACUUGUCCUGUAAUUUCCAGAUGUUUAACUUGUGAAUUUUUGUACAAAGCAUAUAAUAUUAUGAUUGUUUUAUGUGAUAGCCUGUUUGUAUAAGUUCAGAUUAUUUUAUACUGUAUAUGAUCUUGACAUUUAUGAAAUGAAGUUUUAAUUACUGAUAUGAAUACACUAUUGUAUGACACUGAUUGAUUGAUCAUUGUUUUGUUACUGUGCUUUUCUUAUAGAAUUAAUAUUGCACAACAGAGAUUUAGUAUUUUACCAUUUAAAUGCUCUUUACAUAUACAGGCUGUAAUUAUUAAUGCUCAGCAGACACAUAUCGCUAUCACAUAUGUGUGAUGGCUUAGGAACACCCACUGAAAGACACCCCAUCUAUUUUUAAAUUUGUAAUCUAAUUUACUUACGGAAAAACAAUACUACUACCAAAGUUUAAAGAAUUUUAACUUUACAAUGAAAAUAUUUAUAACUGAUUAUCAGCAUCAUACACAUCAUCUGAGG